AUGUGCAUUACAAUCUGCGCCAAGAUAUGUCAAUCAGACGCGACAUGGUGGAUGUCGAUGGUAUGUUGAACCUGCAUAAAUUUUUUUUAGCCUAUUACAUAGUACUUUCUGUAUAAAACACUACAUUAAGACUUUAGCGACGACAACACAAAGGAUGUUAUCCUAUCGCUGAAGACAUCGCGCAUGCCACGAUUUGUAUUUUACAUUUUGUUUUUUGCUAUCCAACUCAGUGAGUGAUAAAAAACGUAAGAUAUAAUCAAAUUACAGUAUUCUUUUGAUCAUCACGGCGAUUAGAAACGAUGAAAAAUGGAUUCUGACCUUCCCAAUCGCCGCGCUGUUGUCUUAUGUGAUCUCGUUGGUCGGAUUCUGGAGACGAAUCAAGUUGCUGCUCAUCCCCAACAUUGUUUUAGAUGUAAGGUCACAAAUUUUGAUUACAUUUCACCCAUGAAUACAUUUUUUGCAUAUUUUACUCGUAUUUUAGCCAGUGGUAGUCAUCUUUUAUUUAUAUCUGACCCGUACUUUGCUCAAACAAGCGGAUCCAAGGAAUGGUGCCCUGGAUCUGAUAGAUGAUCGAAUAUUCGAUGGAUUGGACAGAUGGCGGGUCAGCGAACUCUGCAUCGCCAUGUCUUUGUCUUCCCCAUCGCAAUUACUAUUCGAAUUCUGUUUGAUACGGGGCCUGAUGGGCAUCGAUUUGUUGUAUUGGACGAGGUCCAAAUAA